GCUGUAUCAAGUGCGGUCGGCUUUUUCACGCCCAACCUGUAAGUAAUUAGUGGCCUAAAUAUAGAGCUUCAGCUCAUCCUAUUUGAUGAAGACACCGCAGGGAGCACGGCAUAUAAGAUGCACUGUCUAUAUACUCCCAAGCUGGUUUCCUCACUCCCAACACAAAUGUAGAGAUGUUCAGAAAGAAGUUAUAACCAGGCCAGAACCAAAAAGAAGAAACAUCAUAAGCCAAGCACCGGUGCCUGGCUCAACCAAAACAACACGCCGUCCUCUCUACCCACCCCAGGGUAUCAAAAGAGCACCACACUAUGUCUCAACCCAAAAAGUACACCACGCUCCCCACGACGCACAAAUACAUGGAGUUACACGUGGACAACGUGAUAAGCCAGUGGGCAGAACAAAACCUAAGCAGGAUCAUCAGCGCGCACAGGCAGAAAGGAGGGUGGGAGGGCUGGGCGCAGGUGGAGAUCGCCACGGCGCUGCAGGAGAGCACCCGCCGCGGUCAUCAACCAUCAUCUAAUAGCUCCUCCUCGCCGGCGACCACCACGACCCUGGCCGGCGAGGCGUCGCGCGAGGUGGACGUGUACCACGCGACAGGCCAGCUCGCAGACAUUGUGAUCGCGUCGAGGGCGCGGAGGCAGUUUGUCAUCAUCGAGCUCAAGUGCGAGGGGUUCCACGGCAGGGACUUCGCGAGGGGCGUGGCGGGCGACAUUGCGAAGCUCAGAGGGGAUAUCAAGGACAAGUUCAAGCCGGCGAGGGCGUGGGCGCUGGCGAUCAGCACCAGCUCGAGGGAGUACGCCAGGAUGCGCAGGUUGUGGCCUACGGCUAAACACAAGGUGCUGUAUGAUCCUGGGCAGGGGGGCUCGUGGUGGAGUGGUCGUGGACAGAGCAUGGAUCCCAAGAUCGUGCUGUGGGUUUUUCAGAGGGAGGUGGUUAAACUGUAGGUUGUGA